UACAGUAUCAUCACCAUCCACCCCGGCGACUUGGAUUUAUAACCCCCUCAAUACUAAAGAGACGGAAUCUCGGAUUAUUUUCCAACGGGGUAGCCAAUAAAUAACAAUGGCCUCUCCAAGCGAUAGUCAAGCAGCAUCAUCAAGCUUCAUAGAAACCAUCAAGCUCGAACACGUGCCUUCAACAUAUACAGUUCUCGUUGGUCUCUUUAAGGAUGUUACAAACGCCGAGUUCCUACAACAGCAGCUUCUUAGCCGGAAUGCUAAGUAUGAGUAUGCUUUCAUCGACGCCAGUUCUGUAAUAUCGCGCGUUCAAGUCUUGGCCGCCGUAUACAAAUCGAUAACGAUACACAUGAGCGGUAGCAUGAAGACGCCCAACGUUCAUUCUGAGAUUGUGUGCUCCCUCAGCCCAAACAACAAUAUCUCAGAAGCCUACCGCCGCCUCGGCAUCACACCAAGUAGCAAAGACCUGAUCAUCGCCAAAGUACUAAUAUCACCCUCCGCCCUAACACCCGAAGCAGUACAGCAGCACCUCCUCGACAACGUUCAAGGCACACCCGCGCCAUUCACAGACGAGGUCCUGCAAUCGGGCCUUACGGACCGGGCCAAGGUACGCAAGUACUACAAGCUGAACGGUGUUGGUUGGCUGGACGGCAUUAAGGACGAGUCCCUCCAACGUAGGGAAACCGAGCUACUGGUGCUUGGGGGCAUGGCACUGAGAAGCCUCUAGUUAUAGAUCUUAAAGAGAGGAGCGAAAAGGACGUAGUUUACCUAAGGUAACCAUGUAUAACAUUGAUAGUGGCUAUUGAUAGCUUUCGGCGUUACAACCGUAAGUUUUCCCCUGGCAAAUUGAGGUGGUCCGGAUCUCCCCUGACAGUAAAUACCUGU